UGAGUUUUUGAAUUUUCAUUGAUUUUCAUCAUAUACAUUUUUUUUGUAAAGUAUUUUAGUUUAAACACACAACGAUUAUAAAUUUUAAUUGUUUGCUAUGUAUAAAACUAAACGAAAACAAAGAAAAAAGAAAAAAAAUGAAGAUAAAGAAGCAGUGUUGCAAGAGGUUGACAAAGCUAUGUACAAUGUACAAAUUGCAGAUCUAACUGAAAAAUUAACAAGAAUAAAUAGAAGAUGCACUGAAUUGGAACAAAAUGCAGAUGCAGAUAAAGAGAAAACAAAUACUUUAAUAGAAAGCCAUCGUGAUAUAAUUGCUUAUUUGUCACGUCAAGUUGAAAUGAAAAAUAAUGAAAUCGUCGAUAUGGACAAUACUAUAACUACUAUGAAAUCGACCAUUGAACAUCAAAAACUGACUUACGAAAAUGUUAUUGCAAAGAAAGAUAGUAGAUUUGAAACUGUUUUUGGUCAAUUAACGGCUGAAAUUGGUUUAUUAAAAAGUAAAGUUAACUCAUUAAAUGAAUUCAAAAAACAACGAUCCGAACUAAUAGAGAAGUUUUUGAAACAAGAAGAAGAAUUAUCGAAAAUAAAAACGGAGAAAGAUAACUUGACCUAUGAAACGGAUAAAAAAAUUAUAAUUGUCAAAGAACAAAUGAAACGACAAAAUGAAGAGAAACUAUCUCAGCUAUCAACCACAAUGCAAAGCAACUUACAAAAACUAAUGAUGACAACAUUUGAGAGGACUUUAAAAGAAAAUUCUGUUGUGAAAAAAGAACUAAAUGAAUGUGUCAAAAAAUGGUUACUUGUAAACAAAAAAUAUGAACAGCUCAAAUCAGAAAAUUUUGACAUGAAAGUUGAAAAUAAAAUGUUUAUUAGAGAAAAUAGUCGUCUAAAUAGGAUCAUAACAGCUCAAAAAGUGGCUAUCGACACACUAAACUCACAAGGAGUUUACUUGAAUUGGAAAUUCAAAAAUACCUGUACAUUGAAUAAUCAAAAUCAAAAUUUUGUUAUUAAGUCUAAAUGCAUUCGAUACAUUGCAGCUAUAAGUAGCAUGCAAAAAAAAUUAAAAAAUAAGAAUCGACGAAUAAAGGGAUUAAUGAAGAAUUUGAAAGCAAUGAAGAGGGAAGUUGUAACAUUAAGUUCGCAUAUUUAUAAAAUGGACUCUUUGUUUGUUACUAUCACUAAUUCCAUGGAACGCAAAUUGGAACUUGAUCGAUUACGCGAUAAUAGCGAUUUUAUAAACCAACAAAGUCAAAAAGACUCAUCUUAUUACAAUUUUCUAAAAAAUGUAUACAAAUUAUUUGUUGAGACUAAAUUAAGAAGAGUCGAAAUACAAGAGUUUAAUUCAGCUGAAGCUGUCAAAGUAUCAUUACUCGACUUAAAUAAAAGUAAAAAAUCUCCUACUUAUUCAAUUUUAAAACCUUUAAAAAAAACUCAAUAUCUCAAAAAAUAAAAAGGAUAUCAUUUUUACACGACAAUUUUGCCUGUUCAAUAUAUUUUUUUAUAUUCUAUAACCUCGAAAAGUUUUGAUAAGCUAAAGUUAAAAUACUUAUUUAAUAAUUUACGUGUUAGUAAAAAAUAAUAUUUAUUUUUACUUUACAAAAUAUAUUAUUGUUAAUCUUUUAGUUCAAUUAAACAUUAUAAAUUUAUACAACCCCUAAUCUAAUCAUUGUAACAAUAUCACUUCAA